GAAUUUGCACUUAAAAUGCAACUGUAAGAACUAUCGUUGAUAUUUGGGGUUCCCACUACUAGACCGCUUUCACAUAGCUACCAUCAUUUUGGCAUGGCACAGGAAAAUCAAAUAACAAUGAAUUCCAUUUAGCUUCUAUAGUUUCAGUGUUGUGGUACUGUGUAUGCUGUCUCACUGUCACUGGAACUUUUGAAUACAAUUGAGAUAAUGUUACUGUUUUAGUAACACCUUCCCUACCACUUUUCCUACUUCCUGAAAAAUCUACUGUAAAAACAACCAAUUAAAAUGAUAUUAUUAAUUUUACAGGAUGAAUUUCAAAGGACCAGUGUGAAGAAUUUAGUGUCAUCUAGUGGUUGCAGAUUGCAACUAACUAAACAACCUGGGAAUGAAAACAGGCUGUGAAGCAUAUAGGAGAAACUACGGUGGCUGUGAAACUCACGAAAACACAAAAGUCCCUAUCUACAGCCAGUGUUUGGUUUGGUGUCCAUUCUAGGCUACUGUACAAAACAUAGCAGACUCCAGGGAAGGUACAUCUGUAGAUAUAAAUGGCUCAUUGUGAAGUUACAAAACACAAUGAUUCAUAUAUUUAGGUGAUUAUAUACUAAUAAAAACAUACCCUUGAAUCUUAUAUUCCAUUUCUGCCAAUAGAGCCACCCAAAUGUUACACAAAGGACAUUCAGUUUGAAAAUUAUGUAUUUUUAAAAUGGGCAGCUCCAAACUUUCAUAUUCAUUGAGUUUCAAUGACAUUACAAUAAACACAUUCACAUAUCUUUUGGCUUUCUAGAUAUUGUUAGCUAACAUUACAGGGUAAUAUUACAAUUACAGUAUCUAAUCAUAAAGAGCUAACUAAAAACUGAUAUCCAGAGCUGAAAUCAUUGGUCAAGAACACCAAAUAGCAACUGAGUUUAUAUUCAAUAAAGUGUUUUAGUCAUUUUUAAUGCAAAAUGUGUACUGGUUCCAGUUUCUCAAAUGUAAUAAUUUGCUGUUUUAUUUAAUAGUAUUGAAUCUCUUUUGGCUUGCUGGUUAGAUAAGUUAAGUGUAUUUUAAAGCAGAUAAAAAUUUAAUAAAAAAGUUCUUAUGAUUUAAUUGGACUGUAAUGAGCUUGAACCCCAGCUAAACACACAGUCAGCUCACGGUGCUUCAAACUUUAUGUUUACUCAGUGAAGGUAUGUAAAGCCACUUGCUGUCAAUCAAGUCCUCGGUCGCAGCUGUUCUCAGUUCAGUCAGUGUGAUUCUCAGACCACAAGGUUUCCUCCGAGCACUCCCGUCGGUCACAUCUCACUUCAAAUACUACUUUUAUACAAAUAUAAAAGAACAAGCAAAGCACUGGCGUUAAAACUAUCUUUAAUUCUCCGCGUCGUCGUCCUCCCUGCGACAUGCCGCUGUUUGAAGAGGACCCCGCUCAUCUCUCCAAAUCUAGACUGAAGUCUGAUUUAGUGGCGCACAGCGUCGCGCUGCCGCCUGCCCAAAGCAAAAAGGACGUUUAUGUGGAGUUGCACUUAAAACACAUCGACCAGAAAAAUGCGGCGGAUUUUUCCAGCGAUGAGGAGGAUCAGGUGCGAGAUGUGGCAGACAAGGAAGAGGAUGCAGAGGAUGCAGAGAUUCCCGACCCGAGUGGUUUGACUGAUGACGACCUCAAGGCGGCGCUGCUUGAACACGGAUUUAAAGCCGGGCCCAUAGUUGCCUCCACCAGGGCUGUGUAUGAGAAGAAGCUCAGGAAACUGCUUCAGCCUGAUGGACAGGACCAUCUGAAUGGAGCAGAGAAAGGUGUGGUGUACUCUGACAGCGAAGAGGAGGAUGAGGAGGAGGAGGAAGGUUCUCAAGGAGCAAAAGAGGAAACUGUUGAACGGUCAGACCAGACCCAACAAGAGAGUAGCCAGAAUGGUGACUUUUUUUACCCGCAGUGCUUUUUACCCUCAUCAAGACUGCGUGCUCGUGCUUCUAGAAACAGGGAACCUUGUCCCAAGAGGAAUUCAGGGAAUGCGCUAAAAUCAUCAGAGCGCAGUCGGUCUCACUGCUCACAGAUUCCAGUAGGAAUUAGUAGAGCAUCCUCUGUAGAUCAACGCUCAGGAUUAGGAUCAGGGGUUCCAUCUGGAUCUCAAUCAGUUAUGUCCAAUGGUUGCUCAUUUUCCUCUCAGGCCUUCAGCAUCACUCAAAUGGUUGAGGAGAUGGAGAGUCGGAGGUCACUGUCUGUUAGCACAGACACAGAGAGAGAGUUGAAUGGGAGCAAUGUGCAGGAACAUUGGUCGCGGUCCAACAGGCUGGACAUGCCGAUUGUGGACAAGCACAGCAUGAAGAACCAGUCCCUGUACUACACUCCCAAGGCCUCCCCUUAUAAAUGGGGAAUGAAGCUUUCUCAGGAGCCUGUGAAGGAUACUUUCAAGGACAUGUUUCCAGAUACUCAGGCCACCCCAACAGGGAUCCAUGCCACUCGUCGGAAACCCAUCAAAGGUGCAGCAGGGAGACCUAUCCAGUAUGUGUACCCAGACACUCCAGCCAGCCCCACGACCCAGGAGAGACGAGCGGUGGAGCGCCGCCUUGUGCCCAUCCAGAUACAGAUUUUGGUCUUCCUCAUUGUGGUGGUUCUCCUAUACCUCAUUUAUGCUUGUGUUGAGGACAACUCAUUCAGUCCGUUUGUGGCCUUACUGGAAAGUUUAAACCAGGGGUCAGACGGUGAGGAGGGGCUUUUGCUUCCGGCUGAGACGCAGGACACACCAGCACUCUCUGGACAGGAGUAACGUAUGUUUUUUGGUUUUUUUAACCCUCUGCUUUGACUUACAGAUGUGAGGGUUGCUUUUUUUGAUGAUGCAAGCCAAAAUUACCUUGUCCUGGGAUAUCCUCAGGGAGCACAUAUUACUUUAAAUACUGUUUUGUUGACUGUGUUUGUGUGCCUUUAUGGGAGCAAACCUUAAAAUGUCCAGUUUUACAUUUGUAUAUGUCUUUCUUAUGGAUGUGUUACCACAGUGCUUUUGUCAUUGUAGUUGAAACAAUUACUAAAACAGAGAUUCAGUUGAAAUUUUAAGAUUUUCUCAAAUUAAAAAUAAAUUAAGAAUGCUGUAACUUUUUCUAUUUCCUAAUCAAGAUUGUGUAAUGCGAUAUUAUUGUACUUGUAUUACGUGUGUGUGUUUUCUUUUUUUUAAAUAUUUGAAUAUUUCAAUAAAGGAUGUUUUGCUUCA